AUGGCUACUCGUUUCUUUGCUCUCUUGCUGCUCGCCAUCCCUAUCCAGGCGCAAUCCCCAGUAUGGGGGCAAUGCGGUGGUGUUGGUUGGUCCGGGCCAACAACUUGUGUUGCUGGCACAACCUGUGUAUCCUACAGCGAAUAUUACUCCCAGUGCAUUCCUAAUACACAAGUAUCAUCGACUAUACCAACUACCACACUGGUCACAUCUUUCACAAGUCCACCCGCCUCGAGUACAUCAUCGUCAUCCGCAACUCGCGCUACGUCUACAAGUGCGGCUGCAUGCUCAGCGUUGCCGGGUUCAAUUAGUUUGAAAGCCAAUCCAAAGCUUAAUGACCUCUUCACAAUGUUCAACGGAGACAAAGUAACCACAAAAGACAAAUUCCUGUGUCGCCAGGCUGAAAUGUCGGAGCUUAUCCAACGAUAUGAACUUGGGACUCUGCCAGGUCGUCCUGCCACUGUUACUGCGUCAUUCUCCGGAAAUACUUUGACCAUAAAUUGUGGUGACUCAGGAAAGUCAAUAUCAUUCACCGUCACUAUUUCAUAUCCUUCUUCUGGAACAGCGCCUUAUCCCGCCAUCAUUGGGUAUGGAGGUGGCAGUCUGCCGGCACCGGCAGGCGUUGCUAUGAUCAACUUCAAUAAUGAUAAUAUCGCAGCGCAAGUGAAUACUGGCAGCCGAGGACAGGGCAAAUUCUACGAUCUCUACGGAAAAGGGCAUUCGGCUGGCGCCAUGACCGCGUGGGCUUGGGGAGUAAGCCGAGUCAUUGAUGCUCUUGAGCUGGUUCCUGCUGCAAGAAUCGAUGCCACGAGAAUUGGCGUGACGGGAUGCUCGCGAAAUGGAAAGGGCGCUAUGGUCGCAGGGGCAUUCGAUAAACGUAUCGUGUUGACACUCCCCCAGGAAUCAGGCGCUGGUGGAUCUGCUUGUUGGAGGAUUUCAGACUACUUGAAAUCUCAAGGAGCCAACAUCCAGACAGCAUCUGAGAUUAUUGGUGAAGACCCUUGGUUUUCAACGACUUUCAACAGUUAUGUCAACCAAGUCCCAACGUUGCCAUUCGAUCACCACUCGCUAGCAGCUCUGAUUGCACCGAGGGGUUUGUUUGUUAUUGAUAACAAUAUCGAUUGGCUUGGCCCACAAAGUUGCUUUGGGUGUAUGACAGCUGCUCGUACGGCAUGGCAGGCUUUAGGUGUGCCAAACAACAUAGGCUACUCUCAGAUUGGAGCCCACGCGCACUGCGCAUUUCCGUCAAAUCAGCAAUCUCAGCUUACAGCCUUUGUUCAAAAGUUCUUGCUCGGCCAGUCAACAAAUACUGCAAUUUUCCAGAGCGACUUUACAUUCUCUCAACCCCAGUGGAUUGAUUGGACGGCUCCAACAUUGACCUAG